AGUUGAUGUCUGCAGUAUGCACACGUAGAUCAGGCUCUAGGUUUUCAUCUGUAUGCAGUAAGCCUUGUGCGCUAUGAUGCCCUUACGGAAUAAUGCAGCUGCCCUUCCCAACAGCAAAGUGAAGUACUCCAAGCUGUCCGAUACUGAUGAAGGUUACAUUGACCUGCAGUUUAAGAGGAGCCCUCCAAAAGUCCCGUACAAAGCCAUUGCUUUGGCCACUCUCCUGUUUUUGAUCGGCACUUUGCUGAUUGUGAUCGGAUCCCUUCUGCUGACUGGACACAUUAGCAAUGGGGGCAAUGAACGGGCCAUACCUGUGCUGAUCAUCGGAAUUUUGGUCUUCCUGCCUGGAUUCUACCACCUCCGCAUUGCUUAUUAUGCAUCUAAAGGAUACAGGGGUUACUCGUAUGAUGACAUUCCAGAUUUUGACGACUGAAGCACUCUAUAUGGCAGUAGUCACAGCUCGCACCAUUCUGCUCCACUGGGAGCUAACAGGUCAAAGUAGGGAAAGGAGGAGAAGAUGACCAGCAGACCAUUGUAUAUACAAUGAGGCUUCAGUGUAGUCAGGCAGUUGUGAUAAUUCAGCAGACUGUUUUCUCAGUUUGUCACAAAACAAAUACCAGACUUGUAUUGCUAAAUGUAUUGUAGGGUAAA